AUGGCUCUACCAAGGUUCAAGGCGGCUGCAUGUCAUCUCGCACCUGUUUUCGGCUCAGCCAGACAGACCACCGAUAAGACCAUUGGGCUUAUGAGGAAAGCUGCUCAGAAUUCCGCCCAACUCGUCGUCUUUCCCGAGUCGUCCAUCCCCGGAUUCCCUUACUGGUCGUCAAUAAUUGCACCUGCCAAUGGCCAUGCCUUCUUUCGGUACAUGGCCGAGGAAUCGGUGUAUGUUGACGGUGAGGAGAUUAGGGCUAUACAGCAGGCCGCUUUGCAGUCGCGUGUUGUGGUCAGCCUGGGCAUCUCAGAGAAGGUUCGCUACAGCUCUGCAACAUUGUUCAACUCGAACUUGAUUAUUGGAGAUGAUGGUCAAAUCCUCGUUCAUCACCGCAAAUUGAUGCCGACCUUUUUUGAGAAGCUGACCUGGUCUCCGGGUGAUGGCCAUGGUCUCCGAGUUGCUGACACGCGGUUGGGAAAGAUUGGAGCUCUCGUAUGCGGUGAAAACACCAAUCCUUUGGCCAGAUAUGCUCUUAUGGCACAAGGGGAGCAAGUCCAUAUUUCGAGCUGGCCAGCUAUCUGGCCGACAAGGUUGCCUGUAGAAGGAGAAACUACGCCUGGAACCGGCAACUAUGACAACGUGAAUGCUAACACGAUCAGAGCGGCGGCGCACUGCUUUGAAGCCAAGUGUUUUGGGAUACAAAGUGCCGGACUGCUCGACCAAGCGUGCAUCCAGGGCAUUGCAGAGAUGACCUCUGAUGCUGAAUGGACAACCAAGAUUCUAUCUAGCUAUCCGCAGGCAACAACCCAAUUCCUCGACCCCAACGGCCAAUUGAUCAAAUCACGCAUAGUUUGGCCAUCCACUGAUGUCCCGGGCGAAGGUCUUUGCUUGAAGAACGAAGAAGGCGUCCUGAUAGCCGAGCUAGACUUGAACAAGUGUGUUGAGGGAAAACAAUAUCAUGAUGUCGUGGGUGGAUAUCAAAGAUUGGAUGUUUUCAACCUGCAAGUCAAUCGCGUCCGACGCGAGCCAGUUGUCUUUGCAAGGGAAGCGGAACAAAAUCCACCGGAAACUACUCCUCGGUGUGAACUAUCAGAGUAA